AUGCCCACCACACGGAGGUCCGCCAGUGCCCAGGGUGCAGUUGGCAAGCAAUCAAAGCUCAGUUUUACGCACCGCGUGACAAAGCCUGUCGCACCGGCUGGGAAGAAGCAGCUUAUUUCCACACCGCUGGUGAAGGAACUACCUUCGGAGAAGAAAGUAGACCCAGAGCCUGAGAUCCAGUUCCAGCAGGAGGAUUUUGAAAUCCCGGCCCCAGUCGAGGUCGUCAAGGAGAAAUCAGAAGCAGAGAUCAGAGCCGAGAAGAUCACAAAUGCACAAAUCAAGAAGUAUUGGAGUGGAGUAGAGGCACAGAGACUGGCACCAAGAGUACAUCAAGAGGACCUUGAAGUUGGCGAGAAAGUGCUGAGAUACUUUGACGUUAGCUCACAGUAUGGACCAUGCAUUGGUAGUUCGCGCAAGAGGAGGUGGAUGCGCGCCCAGCGUCUGGGACUGAACCCUCCGAUUGAGGCGCUUGCUGUUCUAGUACACCAGGAAGCUGCUGGUGUAGACGAGAGCAGCCAGAGAGCAUACAUUGAUGAGAUCAUGAACUCAACAGCAAUAGGAGUCGGCAGUUCGUGA